AUGAGUGCAAAGAGCAAAUUAAUACUUCAACUAGCACUCAACCAGGAAAUCAACGAAUACAAUAAUUUCAGUGAUGAUGAUGAAGAUAGCUUGACUUACGCUACAUUAACCCCGGUACCAAUACCUGUUGAAAUGCAGGCACAGGACAGCCGUAAUGUCCGUAAUUCAACAGAUGGUUCUAAUUAUUUGAGAGUCAUUAACCCAAAUAGCAGCCAGAAGGAAAUUCCCGACAAAUCCUCCAUUAUUACUUCAAAGGAACCAUUUUCUGAUGAAAAGCCACUGAAUGAAGGAAUCCCUUACGCAGAACCAAGUUCAAGUUAUGUGGAGUCUGACACUAGAAUCGAUGUCGAAGACGGGAAUUUUGGAUUUACCGAUAGUUAUGAACCAUCCAGCGAUGAUGAAGAAUCUUCAGAAUCUGAAGAACUCACAAGAGAACCAAGAAGAGAGCGUGAUUUAGAAGUUGAUUCUAAUGGUGGAAAGCUUACUCAAGAAAAUGCUGAAUUGAGAAGGGAGAGUGAUUCAGAUGUAGAUAUUAACGCUGCCGAGCCAGUCCAAGAAAAUGCGACUGAAAAGCUCACUCGGAAAAGAAAGAGAGAUCCAAAUUCAUGGAAGAGAAAUGUGCAGAAAAAUUUAAGAUUGGAAGGAAAACAGUACUAUACACAGAAAGGUAAACUUAAAGGUGCUAAAUCUGUGAAAGAUAUUGUAUGUCGUUGUCAUUAUAAAUGUCAACAAUAUUUUACAAAGGAACAGCGAGAAGAAAUUCUAUCAAAUUUUCUUGAGCUAAAAUCUCAAGAGCUUAAAUGGAAUUUUAUUAUAAAACACGUUUCUUGUAUUCCAAAAAAACGAUGUUAUAGUGACAACAAUGACAGACGAUCAAAGACUUUUGUUUAUCAUUUAACAUCAAAUCAAGCUUUUCGCCAAGUUUGUCAAAAAAAAUUUCUCGCAACUCUGAACAUUUCUAGCAGGACAGUCAGAACCGCAGUUAGCAAGAGUUCUGAAACAGGCAUAAUUCAACCAGACUUGCGUGGUAAAAAAAGUCCUCCACAGAAAAAACCUGAAAAUGUAAAAAAUGUUAUCAGAGAACACAUAAAAUCAAUUCCUGUAGUUUCGUCACAUUAUUGUCGAACAACGACAAAAAGAAAUUAUUUGCCUCCCAAUCUUUCCGAAAAACGGUUGUAUGAAGACUACAAACUUUUUUGCGAAGAUAGAGAUGUCGUUCCAGAAAAAUUUAGCUUUUACAGAAAUGUUUUCGUUACUGAAUUUAACCUUGGAUUUCAUCAUCCAAAAAAAGAUCAGUGCGAUUUGUGCACGAAAUUCAGUUCUUUGGAAGAACAAGAAAAGUUUCCACUACAAGAAGAGUACGAUUUACAUCUAAUUAGGAAACAAGAAGCUAGGGACCAUAAAAAAGAGGACAAGGAACGAUCCAAAGUAAAUAAUAGCUUCGCUUCUUAUACAAUGGACAUGGAAAAAGUUCUUGUAACACCAUCCCUCAAUGUCGGUAAAUUAUAUUAUGCUCAGAAGUUAAAGACUUACAACUUUACUGUCUACAACUUGGCAACUUCUGAAGCUACUAAUUAUAUGUGGCAUGAAGGUGUGGGAACGAAAGGAUCCUCAGAAAUUGCAACUUGCUUGUGGCAUGUUCUGCAAAAUCUUGAUCCUUCCGUGAAAGACAUUAUUUUUUAUUCUGAUACCGCAUCCGGGCAAAACAGGAAUUGUAUCAAUGCUGCAAUGUUUCUUAAAGCUGUUUCGGAGUUACCGGUAGAAGUUGUGAACCAGAAAUUCAUGGAAUCUGGGCAUUCUGAAAUGGAAUGUGACAGUGUUCAUUCUAGCAUUGAGACUAGGGGCAAUAAAGUUGACAUUUUUACGCCUGAAGGUUGGUAUGCAACUGCACGCACGGCAAAAAUAAAAAAACCUUUCUAUAAAGUAGUUGAACUUAACUUUGAUCAGUUUUUAAAUUUUAAAAAGUUUUCUUCUCUGGUCAUCAAAAAUCGAAACAAAAAUGAAAAAGGAGAAACCGCCAAUUGGCUCAAAAUGAAAUGGAUACAGUAUAGAAAGGCAGAUCCUACCAGAAUAUUUUAUAAAGAUCAACUUUCCAAUCCAGAAUUUCAAUCUAUUCUCAUAAAAAAGAUCUCCACAAGGGCUGCCAGCGGUUUAAAGGUUAAUGUUGAACGUCUUUAUAAAGAGCCUCUGUGUAUAGAAAAGAGAAAACUUCGUAGUCUGCUCCAACUAUGCAGCUCCCUGUGUAUUCCUUCAGCUUACCAUGCAUUUUAUGAAAAUUUGAGGUCUGCGGAAGAAGUCCCUCCAAGCCAUUCAGAUGAUGAAGAUACUAACUGA